UACUGCUGUGAAAGUUUGGACUAAAGGUUUUCAAAGAUUAUUACAAAUUCUAAAAUUAUCACUGGGCAUUAUACUGGCAACUGAUGAGCAGAUUAACACUAGCUUGUCUGUGCUAUGACAGUAUUUCCAUCAUUUUCCUGUUUGCUAAUACUGCUUUACCUCCACUAGCAAUAUCAGAACUCUGAUUUAACUUAGUUACUGAGCCACCACUACUGUCAUGAGUUGUACAUUACCUAAGGGCAAUCAAGACAUGAUUUUUGGCUGCAGCUGCUUCAAGUGAAAUGUCAGCCUUUCUUUUAAACUGUGGAAAAGGUCGACUGGAGAAUGUUUUCUCAUUUUUUUUUUUUUCAGUAAUAAGGCUUAUUUCUAACCCAGUUGUUAUUUUGUGGAACUAGAUUUGGGAAGAAUUACAUUUAUAAGAUGGGACACUACAGCAUUUGUGGUUCCCAUUUAUCAGCUGCAGCUGAUGUGUUUAAUUGUAGUAUGGUGAUAUGUGGAAUACGGUGACACAAUAAAAGCCGCGUUGACAGCUUGUUCAUUGUUCUUCUAAUGUCAACAAAUAGGACUGGCCUUAACAGUUAGGAACUACUACUAACCACAGGUCUCAGCAACACUUACAGACCCACAUACUUCCAAUUCUAGUUUUGUUUCUACAGUGGCUGUGCGUCAGAGCCCUUUGUAGAACCUUUGAGAAAAUGUGGGCCCAGACUCUAAAGGACAUUUGGGUAUCUAACUGAUACUUAGAAAGAUAAAAACAAGACAGGUAGGAUUUUUGUUGUUAGAUAUGGAAUUAUUCUUCAGGUCUUUGCCUACAAUAUAUCCUAAAUGUAAAGGAAAUAUGUUACUGUCGCACGUGCUUCCUAAAUAUAUUGCAUAUUCUAGCUUCAGAUGUUUCCCAGGCUAAAAAAAAUCCUACAUAAUUUCCUUUCUUUUAAGUAAUGAAGAAGCAAGGUAAGAAAAACAACAACAAAAUGUUUCACUGUUUGAAGAGGGCCCAAUACAUGACUUUGGAGAAAUAAUAAGCAAAUCUUCAGUGAAUUAAUGUAUAAAAAUGUCACUCCUUGAUUUCCCUUGCUAAGUUAGAUUAUGUAAUAGUGAAAGACACCCUUUGUAAAAAUGACAUUCCGUGCAAAGUUGUUUUAAAUUUACCAGUUAAUUGAUUUAUAGAGGGCUUUACAAUAACUCACAUGGACUUCCAAAAAGAACAUAGCUCUUUUCUCAAAUGUUUGAAAUAAUCAAAGUAAUUUCUUUAACUUCUGAGCAUUUUAAAGGAAACCUUAUCCUGUUCAUUUGUGAUCUCUUGACCAAACUGGCUUUUAUGUAAAUGAAACAAACAGGUAAUCUGUUUCUUAAUAAGUAACAUAUGUGGCGGAGAGCACAUGGCAGUUGGAAUGCUUCAGAGAAUGCAACAGAGGGUAGAGAUGUUGCCGCAGUGCAUAGGAAGGUGCAGUUUGCUUGGACCAUGCUGCAUUGCUGUCUUUUUCUUCAGUGUGAUGAUUAUCCUGUAUAUUGUAUGCUGGUGGCAUACAGUAUACACUGUCCAGGACAUCGGGCAAAUGAGAUCAGCAAGGAAGAAGACUUUGGGGAAAGGUGACAACCUUCUAAAAGACUCCACGUUGUAACAACAACAAAAAAAAAAAGAGGAACAGGAAAAGAAGGCAAGGAGCAUUUUUAAUAUAGUAUAAUUUAAUAAUAAUUUUAGUAUAGUAAUAUUUUAAUAUAGCACUUCUCAACAAAGAGCUGAAAGCAAACCUAAACAGAAAGACAAACCUUUCUUGCUGGUGUAAUUUCCUCGAGCACUGCUGGCAGAGGUGCUCUCUGCUGGACAGAAGUGAAAGCUCAGCGAGCCAGAUCCUAGCGCGGUUUGGAGCUAACAGCAGAAAAAAAACGCACUCCCUUUGUGAGUAUUAUAGUACUGGGUCUGACGGAGCGGCUGACCCGUUUCGCUACACCUCAGAGGCACCCGGACGAAUCUCCUCAUGCAGCUCCGAGCUGAGCACGGAUCCUGGACUCCGCCUUGGACGUGCCUGCGGAAGCGCCCCAGCCUUGGCCCCUAGCACCAAGAGCACAAGGUCACUUCUUUCCAACCCCCAUGUGCUCAGAGCCCAGCCGGGACAGUUGGCACAACCCACAGCCUUCUGUCGCCGCCUCGACGGAGCGGAACUCUCUGCUGAUCCCGAAAGGUGCUCAGCUAGGGGCAGCACCGCUGGCUCCACAGAGUGAGAAAGGCUCCACCUCCGUCCGAUCGGGAGCAGCUUGAUAAAGGCAGGUGCGGGAAAGCAGCAGGAACCCAGCUCGCAGCAUCUGUCUAUGGCCAGAGUCCCUGACCCUUUCUUGACCACAGCUUGCAAAGAAGCACCUGGGCCGGCCCGUGCAGCCGUGCCGACGGUGCCGGGACAGGACCCGCUCUGCUGCCUGCAGGACGAACCGCUGCCCCACUUCCACAGUCUCUACGAUAGCGUCUCUGCGAGGAGACAAGGACCUUGCCCCCAAGGACCUCCGAAGAGGAGGGAUUUCUCCGGGAAGGGGAAACAGGAUUUUGUUGUUGUGGCUUGGAGAUGAGACAGGUCUCUAGAAUGGGGUUCCUCCUGGGACUGAUGGAUCUCCCAGCAGUGCUAGGACAGAGAAGCUCGGGAAGCCCUACGAAUAACAGCCAUCCUCAAAGCUUUGCGAUUGUCUCUUUCCGAUGGGAUCACGUAAAGGACCCUUAUGUCAUCACUCUCUGGAUACUUGUGGCCAGCUUGGCCAAAAUUGUUUUCCAUUUGUCCCACAAAGUCACUCGGGUGGUUCCAGAGAGUGCUCUGCUGAUUGUUCUUGGUGUCUUCCUUGGCGGCAUUGUGUGGGCAGCAGAUCACAUUGCCUCUUUUACCCUUACACCGGAUGUAUUUUUCUUCUAUCUUCUGCCCCCCAUUGUUCUGGAUGCUGGAUAUUUUAUGCCAAAUAGAUUAUUCUUUGGAAAUCUUGGUUCCAUCCUUUUGUAUGCUGUCAUUGGGACUGUAUGGAAUGCAGCCACAACUGGUUUAUCUCUCUAUGGAGUCUAUCGGACAGGAAUAAUGGGCCACCUGGAGAGUGGAUUGCUGGACUUCCUCCUGUUUGGCAGCUUGAUUGCUGCUGUGGAUCCUGUAGCUGUGCUGGCAGUAUUUGAAGAAGUCCAUGUCAAUGAAGUUCUAUUCAUCAUUGUUUUUGGAGAAUCACUUCUGAAUGAUGCUGUAACUGUGGUGCUGUACAAUGUGUUUGAAUCUUUUGUUGCAAUAGGACCAGAGAACGUGAGUGGGACUGAAUGUGUCAAAGGCAUAGUGUCAUUCUUCGUGGUAAGCCUGGGCGGGACACUUGUUGGCAUUUUCUUUGCAUUUCUGCUCUCAUUGGUCAGCCGUUUCACCAAGCACGUUAGAAUCAUCGAACCUGGUUUUGUUUUUAUUAUUUCCUACCUGUCCUACCUCACAGCAGAGAUGCUUUCUCUUUCUGCUAUCCUUGCGAUAACUUUCUGUGGCAUUUGCUGUCAAAAAUACGUCAAAGCUAAUAUAUCUGAACAAUCUUCUACAACUGUAAGAUAUACCAUGAAAAUGAUGGCCAGUGGAGCAGAAACUAUCAUCUUCAUGUUCCUCGGAAUUUCAGCUGUAAAUCCAGAAAUUUGGACUUGGAAUACAGCUUUUAUACUGUUGACUCUGGUAUUCAUCUCAGUAUAUAGAGUCAUUGGUGUAGUUUUACAGACAUGGAUUCUUAACCACUACAGAAUGGUCCAGUUGGAGAUAAUAGACCAGGUAGUGAUGUCAUAUGGUGGACUACGUGGAGCAGUUGCUUUUGCUCUGGUUGCACUUCUGGAUAUAAAAAAAGUGAAAGAGAAAAACCUGUUUGUCAGCACAACGAUCAUUGUUGUGUUUUUUACUGUUAUUUUCCAGGGAUUGACAAUCAAGCCUUUGGUACAGUGGCUGAAAGUGAAGAAAAGUGAACACAGAGAGCCAAAACUCAAUGAGAAACUUCAUGGGAGAGCUUUUGAUCACAUUCUUUCUGCUAUAGAAGACAUCUCUGGACAAAUAGGACAUAACUAUCUGAGAGACAAGUGGUCCAAUUUUGAUAGGAAAUUCCUCAGUAGACUCCUGAUGAGAAGAUCUGCUCAAAAAUCAAGAGAUCAAAUCCUUAAUGUUUUCCAUGAACUCAACAUGAAGGAUGCAAUUAGCUAUGUGGCUGAGGGAGAACGUAGAGGUUCCUUAGCAUUUAUACGUUCUCCAAGUACAGACAACAUGGUGAAUGUGGAUUUCAGUACCCCACGUCCAAGUACUGUAGAAAGUUCUGUAUCUUACUUACUGAGAGAAAAAGCUGGACCAGUUUGCCUUGACAUGCAAGCUUUAGAGCAGAGGAGGAAAAGUAUCCGGGACACAGAAGAUACAGUUGCACAUCACACUCUACAACAGUACCUGUAUAAGCCCAGGCAGGAGCACAAACAUCUGUACAGUCGACACGAGAUCAUGCACAAUGAAGAUGAGAAACAAGACAAGGAGAUUUUCCAUAGGACAAUGAGGAAGCGCUUAGAAUCUUUCAAGAGUACUAAACUAGGAAUAAAUCAUUCCAAGAAACUGAAUAAAAUCCACAAACGAGAACGGGGCCAAAAAAGGCGAAACAGCAGUGUCAUACCAAAUGGAAAAAUACCUGCAGAAAAUCCAAUACAAGAUUUUGCUUUAAAGGAAAAAGAUUUGGAAUUUUCUGAAGCAGAAGAAAAUAACGAUUAUGAAACUUUGCACCUAGGCAAAGGAGUUGAUUUUCUGGCUAAUGUGACCAAGCAAAAUUUUACAGAUAACCCUACUGGAAUUGAUAACCCAGUAUUUUCAGCUGAUGAUGAUCAAAGCAUCUACAUGAAGUUCUCACCAUGGUUGUCUAGUGAAGAUACUGUGGUACCAUCACAAAGGGCCCGAGUGCAGAUCCCAUAUUCUCCAAACAACUUCAGACGACUCACUCCAUUCCGGCUCAGCAAUAAAUCAAUAGAUUCCUUCCUGCUAGCAGAUGGCCCAGAGGAACAACCCAGACCUUUUCUCCCAGAAUCCACGCAUAUGUAAUAUCUUAAAAGAGAUCAUCACCUUUAUUUUUAAUCCAUCUCAAUCAGUGUUAAGCCUGACUACUGACAAAAAGAUUACUUUUCU